GACAAGGAAUGGGGCCAUGCGCCUCCGUGGCUAAAGCCAGUGUCAGAAUGUCGGGGCGCCUGAGGAAAGGAAGGUACAGUGCAUUUAAUGAGGUGAUGACGUGGGGCGGAUUCGGGGGGCACUGGUCGACCCUACCCCGAGUAUAAAUAGUGAAGUGGGUGGAGCUCAUUUACUCAGGAAGGGGGGAGUGCUAAGUGGACGUGCAAGCAAGGAAGUAGGCGUGCUAGAGUCGUCGGGAGAGG